CCCGUUAUCGGCAUCAUUAAACUAUCCUGAGGCAUUAUGGGAAGACAGAAGCUUUUCCUGGAAAAGAUGGCUCAGAUCUUUCAGGUUCGGAACAAGCUGAUGCGACAGGCGCUGGCAGAAUGUCUAGGCACCCUCAUUCUAGUGAUGUUUGGUUGCGGUGCUGUUGCCCAGUUGGUUCUUAGUGGAGGCUCUCACGGAAUGUUCCUAACAGUAAAUUUCGCUUUCGGAUUUGCUGCCACACUGGGAAUCCUCAUUUGUGGGCAAGUCUCUGGAGGUCACAUAAACCCUACGGUGACCUUUUCCCUUUGCUUGUUGGGGAGGGAACCCUGGAGGAAGUUCCCUGUGUAUUUCCUGGGCCAGACUCUGGGGGCUUUUCUUGGCUCAGGAAUAAUAUUCAGCAUGUAUUUUGAUGCAAUAUGGGAUUAUGGGCAGGGGUCUCUGGUCGUUGUCGGGGAUAAUGCAACAGCUGGGAUUUUUGCGACAUACCCCUCCAAACACCUCACUUUGCUCAACGGCUUUUUUGAUCAGAUGAUCGGCACUGCAUCUCUGAUCGUGUGUAUCCUGGCAAUCAUCGACCCCUACAAUAACCCCGUCCCGAGAGGAUUGGAGGCCUUCACUGUGGGGUUUGUAGUUCUGGUGAUCGGUCUGUCCAUGGGUUUUAACUCAGGCUACGCUGUAAAUCCAGCCAGAGAUUUGGGACCUCGACUCUUUACUGCAAUUGCUGGAUGGGGCUCAGAAGUCUUCACAGCAAACUCUUUCUGGUCUCUUGUACCCAUCUUUGCCCCCUUCAUGGGUGCUGGGAUUGGUGUGAUGGUGUAUCAGCUGAUGGUGGGAUACCACGUGGAAGGAGAAGAAAGAGAUAAAAGACAAGCCGUGGAAAGAGAAGAGACAGAAAGAAUCAAACUUUCUGGUGUUUCUGAGAAAGAAAAUGCAUAAGCCUGAGCACAUACUGUAUUUUGUAGUUCCGUUCAACCAUGAAAAUUGUAUUGAUGUUUACCAACUUUUGAUAGCGGUUGAACUGCUGUGACUUUGAAAUCAUGAUUAAACAAAUAAGCCUUGUAUUAUUUUUCUGAUGCAAAAUCAGUUGAAAUUAUUGAAGCACAAAUUACUUUUAAUGAAUUGUAAUUUGUUGCUUUUAUACAUAACCUUUCAUUAUCUUUUUCAGUUUAUUCAAAUAUUUGUCCAAUCAUAACCUUAUUAAUUCAACUGGUUAGUCCCUAUUCCUUCAAUGCUUAUAUCUACAUUGAUGAUUAUGAAUAAGGGAUUUGUGAAAUGUGUACCUUCUGUCCUUUCAGCAUGUGCAAAAUGGCAAAUUUCAGGGGAUGUUAUUGAAGUCCAUUUUAUGUAGUUUCUUAGUACUUAUAAGCAUCAUUUAGUCCAACUAAGCAUCAGGAUUUCAAGUAGAAAAUCAAGGUUCUGAGUCUGCUGUGAAAAUUGAAUGGUUUGGUUGAAAUGAAUUGUGGACUUUGUGUGUAAAUCAAAUGCCUCAUUCAUAUGAAUAAUCUGAUAACUCAAUAAAAGAUAAUGAGGUGUUGUA